UCUCUUGUCUUUGUCACUUUCAAAGAUGUACCUACCGCGCAUGCGUGAACAGAGACGCCACGUGGCUUUGCAGUAAGCUUUUUCACUCAAGCAAGAAGCUCUCUCUCUCUCUCUCUCUUUGCGUGUUCCUUUGCUGACAGAAUGGGAAGACCAGGUAUGGUUGGUCGUGGUGGAGGCCGUGGAGGUUUUGGAGGACGUGGAGGGUUCGGAGGUCGCGGCGGUAGUCGUGGAGGGGGCGGAUUCAAGAGUCCCGGAAGAGGUGGGCGUGGUGGUGGCUUUGGUGGACGUGGGGGCGGACGAGGAGGUGGGCGUGGCGGGAUGAGGGGAGGAAAGAGAGUCAUCAUUGAGCCACAUCGUCACGAAGGUGUGUUCAUUGCACGUGGUAGAGAAGACGCUCUCGUGACUAAGAACCUCGUACCAGGGGAGGCAGUAUACGGCGAGAAGAAGAUCUCCGUGGAGGAAGCCAGUGGUACUAUUGGAGAGACCACUAAGAUAGAGUACCGUGUGUGGAACCCCUUCAGGAGCAAGCUAGCCGCUGCUAUCCUGGGUGGCAUUGAGAGGAUCUAUAUAAAGCCAGGCUCCAAGGUGCUGUAUCUGGGUGCUGCCUCUGGGACUACUGUAUCACAUGUGGCUGACAUCGUGGGCCCGGAAGGUCUCGUGUAUGCGGUGGAGUUCUCUCAUCGCUCGGGUCGUGAUCUGAUGAACGUGGCAAAGAAAAGGACUAAUAUCAUCCCUAUUAUUGAGGACGCCCGUCACCCACACAAGUACAGGAUGCUCGUCGGUAUGGUGGACGUGAUAUUUGCUGACGUGGCACAACCUGACCAGGCUAGGAUAGUAUCAAUUAAUGCCCACCAUUUCUUAAAGAACCAAGGUCAUUUUGUCAUCUCAAUAAAGGCCAACUGUAUUGACUCAACUGCCGAGCCUACUAAGGUAUUUGCGGAGGAGGUUAAGAAGUUACAGGCAGACAAACUAAAACCACAGGAACAACUUACACUUGAACCAUAUGAGAGAGACCAUGCCGUGGUGGUGGGCGUGUACAGACCCGUUAAGAAAGAGAAGUCAUCUUGAAGCACUCUAAUUUAAUUAUCAAGCAUCCUUUUUUCUAAAUUGUUCUUUUCUUGAACAUUGUUUUGUUUUGUCGUCCGUGUAUCUUGCAUUGUAUAUUAUUAUUUGCAUAUAAUUAUUAUAUAAAAUUAAUAAUACUUGA